UAGAGAGAAGCAGCUGUGUGCGGACAUCCCCAUAGACGCGAUCGUCGCCGUUAGGAAGAGAAGAGUCGUCGGCUCGUCGCCACGACUCGUUCUCCACAAUGCUGCCCUCUUUUAAAAAUACUUCCUCUCUCCUCCUCCAUCUCGAUCUGGUCGCCUCCCCUCCUCCUCCUCCCCUGCGUCAUUCUGCUCGUCGGAGACCUUGCGAUGAUGAGGGCUCGGCCGGCCUCUGCCACAGCCCGUUUCCUCGUAGCCGUAGCCGCAUUGCUCCUGCUCUUCCCCCUCGGUCGUUGCCAGAGCUUCGGAGGAGUCAACCCCCCUCCGUCUCUGACGUCGCCGUUAUUGUCGCAGCUCAAUGAGGACGUCAACAAUGUCACCCGGAGCUUAUUCCCACUCAUCAACGAUCGCUUCGGCUUCUGCAUCAAGGAUGCGCAAUCGGAUUGGGAUCGGGCGUUCAAUUACAGCACGGAUAUGAGUUUUAUGGUCGCCUGCGCAGCCACAACUCCAGAUAUUGAUGGACGCUUAUGCACAGCAGCUGAAGUUACAUUUUACUUUAACAGUUUCAUUGAUAGUGGAGGAAGGACUAACUAUAUGAAACCCAAUAAAAACUGCAACUCGAGUUCAUGGGUUCCUGGAUGUGAGCCAGGAUGGGCAAGCAGUGUCCCUCCAGACGAGAAGGUUGACCUUCAAGAAUCACAACAAUUGCCUUCACGAAAUGUUGACAGCAAACCAUGUUGUCCAGGCUUUUACUGCCCGUAUGGAAUAACUUGCAUGAUACCCUGUCCAUUGGGUGCAUAUUGCCCAUUAGCCACCUUCAAUGUGACUACAGGUCUUUGUGAUCCAUACCAAUACCAGCUUCCCUCUGGGGAAACAGAUCAUAGUUGUGGUGGCGCAGACAUCUGGGCUGAUGUUGAUCAUAGUAGUGAUCUAUUCUGCCCAGCAGGUUACUUCUGUCCAAGCACUGUAUUGAUGUUUAAUGAUCUUCUAAUUAAGGAUUUUACUGCAGUUUUGGCCUUUGAAGGGAACCGUUAG